AAACAUGAACACAGAAAGUGGUGACAAACUGAAGCAUUCAGCUGAAACAGGUAACAUAGGUUUACUCUAUGAAGUAAUUCAAGAUGAUCCAUAUAUUUUGAAAAACAUAGAUAAAAACCAAUUUGUAGAAACUCCUUUGCAUAUCGCUGCAUCUAGGGGUCAUCUCGAGUUUGCCAUUGAAAUCAUAAAUUUGAAACCUUCAUUUGCUACGAAGCUAAAUUUGCAAGGAUACAGUCCCAUUCAUGUUGCUAUGGACAGCCUCGCAAAUCUUACGGAGCGCCUCGGUGGUCUUGCUAUGGACAGUGCCCCUCGUCUUGCUAUGCAAAGCAGUAUUAAUCUUCAAAGGGCGAUGGUAUCUAAAUUGGUUGGCAUCAAUAAGGAUUUAGUUAGAGUUAAAGGAAGAGAAAGCUUGACUCCAUUUCAUUUUGCAAGUAAAAAUGGGGAGUUUGAACUUUUAGUGGAAUUCCUCACCAUUUGUCCGGAUUCCAUUGAAGAUGUAACUGUGAGAGGUGAAUCUGCAUUGCAUAUUGCUGCUAAGAUGGGAAAUCAUCUUGCCCUUUUCUUACUUCUUACAUGGCUCCUACAAAAUUGUCAAAGAGGUGCUAGAAAGCUGAAAUGGAAAAUAUUGAACCUGAGAGACAACGCAGGCAACACUGUUUUGCACACUUCAGCCCUUAGUGGUGUUCCACUGUGUCUUCAAUGGCUGGUAAACACUGGGAUGUCGUUGAAUGGAACGAACUUGGAGAAGAAAACAGCAUUUGAUUUAGCAAGUACUCCAGAGAUGAAGAAAAUAUUAACAAGUGCUAAAGACAGACGUUGCUCAAUACUGGCUAAGGUCGGCAUUCUUGAUGCCAUAAGUUGGAUAAGUAGAAUCCGAAGGGAUAUAACAGAGGAGCAGCGUAACACUUGGUUGAUAAUUGCAACUCUUGUUGCAACUGUAACCUAUGAAUCAGCAGUGAGUCCUCCGGGUGGAGUUUUCCAGGUUAGUGCAAGUGAUGACAAGAAUAUGAAAAUCAAGUCUGGAGAUAUGUAUUAUUCUACCCGAGGAAAUGCUGGGAAAUCGAUCUUAUCAAAAACUAGUUUCAUGGGUUUUUCAUUAGCGAAUAUGCUUUCCUUUUCUUUAUCAAUUAUAGCAAUAAUAAUAAUGACCCCAACGGGAGAACUAAGGCCCCUCGUGUUAGCUCCGGUGAUUUUUUUUACUCUUUGCUAUCUAAUUGCUAUGCCAGCAAUAUCUCCUACUCAUGCCAACACUAUGAUUCUUAGUAUCCCUAUGUAUUCAAUUUUUUCAAUGGUGGGUUUUAUGUUUUAUUUAUUUGGGUGUUGUUUUGUUAUAGGGAAGGUAAUGGAAUGUUUUUACAAACGCAUGAGAGCAACUCAAACCACUGAAACCCGGGUUUUAGACCUUGUAGUUUCAAUGUCUAAUUGAAUUUUCCAAUACAUUAUUUGGUUCAAUCUUAGCAAAUUGUGAACAAAUGUAUGUGUACUAAGUAUGGAACCCACGUGUUCCGCAAUCUAUU